AGGCAAGAUGGUUCAAGUGGCCGCGCAGAGCCGGCUGCUCCAGCUACCGCAGGGUGUUACUGCCUAAGCAGGCAGGCGCACCAUAACCGCUGGCUCCCUGUGACCGCCAAAUACGCAAGGACGUAAUGAUCAGAUCAUAAUUUUUUUUCCUGUCUGAUUUUAUUAUUUUUUUUAUUUGUCUCUCUCUUUUUCACUCUCUCGCCUCUCAAUGAACAAUGGGAAAGCUGUCAGCAGAAAUUUCUAGCGUACCUCCUCUUUUUUCCUGCGGCAGAUCAUUGUUUUUGAUGCUGUUGUUGUGUAGGAGGGCAGGGAUGGACCAGAUCUUUUUGGAUUCCUGCUAGAAAACACGAAGCGGAGCUGCACUAUUGUGUCUAUCGGCGUUUCGAGCACAGCAGAUGUAUUUGGGCUCAUCGUACAAGCGAGACUAUGGUGAAAUUCCCGGCACUCACGCAUUACUGGCCUCUGAUCCGCUUUCUGGUUCCAUUGGCGAUUACCAAUAUAGCUAUCGACCUCGGAGAGCAGGCUUUAAACCGGGGUAUAGCAGCAGUAAAAGAAGAUGCCAUUGAGAUGCUAGCCAGUUAUGGGCUAGCUUAUUCACUGAUGAAAUUCUUCACAGGCCCCAUGAGUGAUUUCAAAAAUGUUGGGCUGGUUUUUGUAAACAGCAAGCGGGAUCGCACCAAGGCAGUCCUGUGCAUGGUCGCAGCUGGCAUUGUGGCUGCAAUUUUCCAUACACUUAUCGCUUAUACAGACCUGGGUUAUUACAUCAUUAAUAAACUUCAUCAUGUGGAUGAAUCUGUUGGGAAUAAAACUAGGAAGGCUUUUCUGUAUUUGGCUGCAUUUCCACUCUUGGAUGCACUGGCCUGGACUCAUGCUGGGAUCAUGCUGAAACACAAGUUCAGUUUUUUGGUGGGAUGUGCUUCAAUUUCAGAUGUUACAGCACAGAUUGUCUUUGUUGCCAUUCUGCUUCAUAGUCAUUUGGAGUGCCUGGAACCGCUUCUCAUCCCAAUCCUUUCCCUGUACAUGGGGGCAUUGGUGCGUUUCACCAUUGUAGGACUAGGCUACUACAGAAACAUUCAUGAUGCUAUUCCUGAUCGGAGUGGGCCUGAAGUUGGGGGCGAUGCCACAAUAAAGAAAAUGCUCAGCUUCUGGUGGCCGUUAGCGCUCAUACUUGCAACCCAGCGAAUAAGCAGGCCCAUUGUGAACCUGUUUGUGUCUCGGGAUUUAAAAGGCAGCACUGCUGCCACUGAGGCAGUGGCAGUUCUAACAGCAACUUAUCCUGUAGGCCACAUGCCUUAUGGAUGGCUUACAGAGCUUCGAGCUGUAUAUCCUGCAUUUGACAAGAAUAAUCCGAGCAAUAAACUUACAACUAGUGGGGCAACUGUCACCAAAUCACACAUCAAGAAGUUCACCUUUGUUUGCUUGGCUCUGUCCGUGACGCUGUGCUUUGUGGUUUUUUGGACACCAAAUGUUUCUGAAAAGAUCUUGGUGGAUAUUAUUCGGGUGGACAUGGCCUUUGCAGAGCUUUGUGUGAUCCCAUUGCGGAUUUUCUCCUUUUUUCCAAUACCUGUUACAGUGCGAGCUCACUUGACUGGUUGGCUGAUGACUCUAAAGAAGACAUUUGUGCUGGCACCCAGUUCAGUAUUAAGAAUCAUAGUCCUUAUAACCAGUCUCAUUGUGCUGCCUUACUUGGGGGUACAUGGAGCUACUCUGGGUGUCGGAUCUCUUCUAGCUGGUUUCUUGGGGGAAUCAACCAUGGUGGCAAUAGCAGCUUGCUAUGUCUACAGGAAACAGAAAAAGAAGGAGAAUGAAGAUGAGGCAGCAGCAGAAGGAGACUUAUCCCCAAUGAACGAUGUCAGAUCUGGGGAAGAAAUGACCAACAUUGUAGAGAGGAGAGCUGAAGGAGAGGAUGAAGACUAGAGGAAACCAGGAAGAUGGGGGAUAGUGCUCCACAUGAAGAGUCUGAACAAGAGUGUGAGGGCUCGGCCUCUAACUUAUGGAGCUUAUAAACCAAAUGCCUAAAAGAAGGACACAAGGAAGCCUGCAUGCAGCGUCUAUAUUUUCUUCUUUCACCAAGGAGAACAAUUAAUGUGUCAUGACCUGCCCCCAAAGAGUCUUCCAGCUUCCUUUUGAUAGUCUCCACCGGCCAGCACAGACAGACUUUAUUUGUAUCUUAUCUCUUGGCGAUAGUGUCCUUUAACUUUCUCUCUCUCUCUGCUUUUAUUUUUGUGCAGCCGUCCUAUUCUUUCAUAGGAACAAAUGAAAAAACAAAAAACUGGAAGUGAAAAAGUUUAUAUGCUAAUUUAAUUUAUUUGCUUGAAAUUAUUACAAUUUUGAUCCUGAAUGUAAAAAGAAAAAAAAAUGAAAAAGAACUUUACUGAGGUCUCUGUGUAGACCUGUGUGCUUUUUUGCAAUAGUGCUGCUAAUUAUUAGUUAUGCAGUAGGGAAAAAAACUAUACAUAUAUAUAUAUAUAAAAUAUAUAUAUAUAUAUUAAAUAUAUUUCAAAUCCAUAAUGUUAAAGGUAGUUAAAAAGAAACAGUUACUACAUAUACAAAACAUUUGUAAAACAUCAGUAUUUUAAUUGUGAUUGCAGGAUUGGUGCUCAAGUGCCAUUUAAAGAUAGAUUCUUUUCUAAAGAUGGUGCUGAUGUAUGAAUGGUCUUGAUGGUUUACUUUGUAAUUGUAAGACAUGAAUGCGAUAGCCACGGUCAUAGCUGUGAGUGGCCACCUUGGCCGCUUAAUAGUUUUAUCAUGCUAAUUGAAGUGAAUAUCUUGAAAUGGUUCUCUUUUAUCUCAGGAAGAAUGACAUUAAACAUCCCAUCUUGUUACUAGAUUAGCUUAUUUUAAGUUUAGCACCACCUCUUCACAGCAGUUUUUAACGUAUGUAUUUGUACCGUAAAGUGUUCCAUGUUUAUUUCUUACCUGUGUAUUUCACACACAGAGAUGACCAUUAUCACAAUUUUUCUUAAGUGUGCGGAGUGUCAAAUAUCCAUACUCCUCCACAAAUGAAAAAGAGCUCAAGUAUAUAUUUCAAGUACGUCUGUGACAGAAUAUGAUGGUUUUUUACAAAGUGGGACACUUGUGGAAGCACCUUCACACAUACUUUACUUUAACGGAAGGACAGACAGAGCUGACUGUCACAAGCAAAAAUGAACUGAACUGACUAUGCAGAAGUAACUGGACAGAAAAUACACUUCACAUGAAUCAAUAUUUAACUUUGAGAGAUUAUAACUAUUAAAAAAAAAAGACACUGAGCGCUUAAUGUAUUUUUGCUGAAAACGGAGAAGAUGACUGGAGUGGUUCUAUUUCACAGAUUCUUUUUUCUUUAAUUAAAUAUAGUGUGUACAUAGUUUUAACAGAUUUGGUUUCAGGGAGCCAUCUUUGAUUGAAUUUCCUGAUUUUACAGAGAACGAUCAGUGUUUAGGAUUGACAGUGUAAAAUUUCAACCCCAGUAGCUUAUGCUUCUCAAAUUUUUAUAACUUGUAAGUGACAGGUAGUUAAAUUCAUCAAAGACUGGACUUUUAUAUAAUAGAGUAAUGGUUAUUACUGCUGCCUCACCGCCUUAUGGACCUGCAUUCAGAUGUUGUACAUACUCCACUGCAGGUUUCUCUAUAGAUGUUUUGGUUUUUCUCCUUAAUCCCAAAGACCUUUGUGUACUCCACACAUACAUGGAAUAAUUUUCCAAGUAGUGAGGUAGACAAUUUGGGGUCGAUCAAAAUUUGCCUCAGUAUCAUUUUGGAGAAAUUAGAUAAGUAGUGUUGAGCAACUUUGCUUAGUUAUUCCCAUCAAAACAAAUUAAAUGUUCUACUGUGAAAUUAAUCAAUAACUCAAUAUAAGUGAGUUAAAUGGUGGGUGUAUGUACUUUUGCAAUGAGACUAGUGUCCUUUGCAGGGUCAAAUCCUGCCUUGAAUUCAAAUCAAUGACUCUUGCCUACACAGUACUGUCAUGAAAUAAGAACACGUACAGAUGGAUGUACACAGUGAUAGUACUGAGAAUGCAUUAACUUGAUUUUUCCACCAUUUCUGGGACCUCUCUCCUUUUCUUUCUUAGUUGUUUUUCAGAAAUCUUUGCACCUAAUGGAAUGUCUUUACUUUUUAAUGACAAGAUUAAAUGCUGCUUUUGUGACAGCCACAUAUACCUUGCUUGGCAUGAGGUGCAGUGGCUUGGGAUCGGUCAGUACAGCUCAGGUUGGUUUUAUUUUAGUAAUUGUGCCAAUGUAUUGUGAAGUGUUUACUGAUAUGACAAACUGUUAGAGGUGACAGUUACAGAGAAUGGCCAUAUGCCACAAGUCGCCAAACCUUGGACUAUGUUUCUAAUAGUGAUGUAUAGUAAGAUUAGACUUCAGAGAUGCUCUUUUUUAUGUAUGGAAUUCUUUUUUUAAAUUCAGUUUGUAUCUUUUUUCUGCCUGGACAGCAAGCAAUUGAACUGGGUUCUAAAUCAUUUUUUACUUGGCCAGUGCCUUCAUUUUAAUAAAUGCAGUAGUCUUGCUGACCUUAACAAGAUAACAGACUGAGUAAAGAACUGGAGAAGGGAAAAAAUGCCUGAAGGCUGUAAAUUCUAUAGUGAAAUCUCAUCAGAUAUGCUGUGAGCAAUGUUGAUGAGCAAUAUGAAAGUGGAUCACUUUGUAUUUAGCAGUUUAUAAUAAGGUAUCAGUCAUACAACAUUGAUGUUAAAGGCUGUUUUGUUUAAUGUUAGUAGUGGUGUCCACCCUUCUUGACAGAACAAGUACAAACAAAAAUAAGUAAUGUAAUGAUGGUCAGCAGAUAACUAAUGGGUAUGUGAUUAUAUAUACUUUAUUAUUAUUUUUUUAAAAUCAGCAAUGGCACAGAGAAUAUCCAGAACUGGAAGUUAGAUGGUUAUUUGGUAACAGCCACUUCUUAAGAAAGCAUCAGUCUAGAAAUGAGAGAAAGUAGACCUUUGAAACACUCCAAUCAAGGAUUUCAUGGUAUGGGGCAAAAUAGGCAUAUUUUUAGCAUCUGAAUACUCUUGGUGCUAAACAAUAUUUUUCUGAAUCAUUUUGCGCUGUAGCAUGGCCUGCAGCAAUGUGAGAUAUGCAUCAUGUAAUGUUACUGGUUAGAAAUAGGAGCAGUCUCCUGUUCAGUGGCUUUAACUCUUGCACAGCUUCCUUUGUGAUCAUUUUCUGUGGAACUCAAAGCAUUCACUAUACACAUGUUCAGAAAUAAUGCAUUUGUUUUAUAAAUAAAGAAAUUACUGGCCAGGCAAAUGUGUGUUUUUUAUAGACCUAGUUUUGUAUUAUUUUUUUCAGUUUAUUCACACUCAUUGUUUUAGAUAGCUUGCACUGUAAGAAAGCAGUUUUCACAACACUUCAGAAAUAAAAGUGUGUCUCUCACACUGCUUACAGAAAAGAACAUACAUUAUUGUGUCACACAUUCUUUGGCCAAAAACAAAACUGAACAUAUUUUACCUAUAUUUGCACAUGGUAUUACAUAGUCCAGUGAAUAACAUUAAACACUCUUGAAAAUGAAUUUCAAAUUAAUCUAAAUAAGUUACAAAUCUAAAACAGCCAACUGCCUUUGAAAUCCUAUGAAGUCGAAACUGCACUGAAAUCCUUAAAAUCUGAUUAGUUAAUAAAAAUCUGUGGUUCCCGAUUAUAUCAUGAUGUAAUAUUAUAUAGUAUACAGGUGCUGGUCAUAAAAUUAGAAUAUCAUGACAAAGUUGAUUUAUUUCAGUAAUUCCAUUCAAAAAGUGAAACUUGUAUAUUAGAUUCAUUCAUUACACACAGACUGAUGUAUUUCAAAUGUUUAUUUCUUUUAAUUGUGAUGAUUAUAACUGACAACUAAUGAAAGUCCCAAAUUCAGUAUCUCAGAAAAUUAGAAUAUUGUGAAAAGGUUCAAUAUUGAAGACACCUGGUGCCACACUCUAAUAAGCUAAUUAACUCAAAACUCAGUCCAGUUCUGUAGGCUACACAAUCAUGGGGAAGACUGCUGACUUGACAGUUGUCCAAAAGACGACCAUUGACACCUUGUACAAGGAGGGCAAGACACAAAAGGUCAUUGCUAAAGAGGCUGGCUGUUCACAGAGCUCUGUGUCCAAGCACAUUAAUAAAGAGGCGAAGGGAAGGACAAGAUGUGGUAGAAAAAAGUGUACAAGCAAUAGGGAUAACCGCACCCUGGAGAGGAUUGUGAAACAAAACCCAUUCAAAAAUAUGGGGGAGAUUCACAAAGAGUGGACUGCAGCUGGAGUCAGUGCUUCAAGAACCACCACGCACAGACGUAUGCAAGACAUGGGUUUCAUCAUGAGUCAGAUGAGGUGGCUCGGUCAUCUGCUCAGGAUGCCUCCUGGACGCCUCCCUGGUGAGGUGUUCCGGGCACGUCCAACCGGGAGGAGGCCCCGGGGAAGACCCAGGACACGCUGGAGGGACUGUGUCUCCCGGCUGGCCUGGGAACGCCUUGGGAUUCUCCCGGAAGAGAUAGAAGUGGCCGGGGAGAGGGAAGUCUGGGCAUCUCUGCUCAAGCUGCUGCCCCCGCGACCUGACCUCGGAUAAGCGGAAGAGGAUAGAUGUACAUGACAUUGGAGUAUUGUAUAUAUUGAAUAUUUGUAGGAAAACCUUAAACGCAUCGAAUGUACAGUACUUUGGAAGAUGGGCAAGACUAUCAUAAAGAAGUGGGCAUGGCCUGUAGAGUGAUGGAUCACAUUGCGACUGUACAGUAUCCUAAAUCUGAUCAUCAUGAAGGUUUGAAAUGGAUAACUAAAGAGGAUAUUAAACAACUCAGAGAAACACAGGCCUUGAGAAAAAUGCAAAAGCAUUCCAAAAUAUCAGACAUUUUUCUGAGAUCAAUAGUCUAUUGCACAGAAGUAGAAAUUAUAUAUUUAUUAAUAUAGAUAAAAUAUACAUUCUGGAUGACAACCUGUGUUUCUUUGUCUGAAAACUGACAUAGCUAAAGUAAUUUUAAAAGAAAAACUGGGCAAAAAUGGUUCAAUUAAAAUAUACAAAGAAUGGAGUCUUACCCAAAAAGAGUACUGUCUGACAGAUAAAUAAAAGUUCCAAUCAAGUGGUAUAUUAUUUUUUUUAGAAAUUAUGACAUUUUAGGUUUAUUUUUAAUUGGUAUUACAUUUUUUGUUCCCAGGUUGAUUUUUCUGAAGGGGCUCUGAUCACUGUAACCUAUGCUGGAGAUCCUACAAAAUAAAACAUUAUAGCUUAAUGUGGAAGCUGAUCCUGAGGGUGGUGCCUGCCACAUACACAAUGAACUCAGAUUCGGAAAUCCUGUUGAAAUGCUAGUUGGACCUAAAUAGGUUAAAGUAGCAGUAACAUUAGGCAUCAGAGUAGAAUAUUAAAAAGAAAAUCAUAAAAUAAAACCAUGCAGACAUCAGGAUCCUUUAUCACUGGUAAUCACACUCUCAAAGCCUAGCAAAUCUUACCUUUCCACGUCUCCCACAGCUCACCAUACAGGUUAGACAGGUGGAGAUGCUGACAACUGUGGUUCCAUCAUCUGGUUCUCAGCACUACUGCCACCUGUAGCAUCAGAGCUGGACCUCGGUUUUCAUACACCCUGUUCCUGGCAUCUACUGGAUCCAAAGGAAGUCCCCUCUACUCAUCCAUGCUCUUCCAGACUAUUCAGUGGGGGACCACCCGUGGAGUGCCACAUUCUCUCACAGGGCCACUGACAAUUCGGCUUCUACUCCACUGCCAGAUUCUGCCUUUCUCCCUCUCUUUUGCGGUUCCUUUUUUGUUUGUUUCCCCAUGACCCUUGCUCAGACUCUCCUUUAUUCUUCUGUAGACAAGGUGUCCUAAUUUGCAGAGAGUCAAUGAGAAAAUUGGAACCAAUCACAUCCUCACAUGCAAGACCGAUCAGUCCCAGUCUCCCCAUUAAACAUCCCGAGGUUACAUGAACAUGCACACCCACGAAGCCUGAGUCACACCAUUUUAAUUAAAAAUCUGCACACAGCCAUGGACCCUAAAAUGUUACACCACAGUAACAACUAAAAAAGAGGGAGACAAUAAUAUCAGCCAAAACAACUGCUCUACCAAGCUCCCCUAACUACUGUUCCUCUUAAAAUGUUUUUGGGAAGAAAUUUCUGUAUAAAAAGUUUAACGCAAACGUUAACCUUAACCCUAAACUCUUAAUUCCCUCUUCAAAGUUCCAUUCACUCAUACUAAAAAACUAUCUGGAAAAAAUGAAUUUCAAAACACAAACAGCACAUGGUAAAUUAACCCUCAUAACACCGCUAUACAUGGUAAAAAAAAAAAAACAUUUAAUAUAAAGGUAUAUUAAAGUUCACAAAAUGGCUGUAUAUUAUAAAAGUCUAUGA